CGCCCGCCGCCCUCAGCGGGCGCUGUGGCGCCGGCGCGGAGCCCAUAAAAGGCCGCGGCAACAGCGCCCGCGUGUUCGUGUGUGCCGGUGUGUGCCCGGUGCCCGCCUGCGGCAUGCUGCCGCUGAGCGCUGCCCGCCAUCUGCUGCUGCCGUCGGGGCUCGCCUGCAUGUGUGCGGCCGGUGCCCGCGGUUGCGCGGGGGCCGCCGCCGGCUCGGCGAACCCGCUGGUGUACAUGGACGUGUCCGCCGACAACCAGCCGCUGGGACGCGUCGUGCUGGAGCUGAAAGCUGACGUGGUUCCCAAGACAGCAGAAAACUUUAGAGCUCUUUGUACUGGUGAAAAAGGAUUUGGGUAUAAAGGAUCCACUUUUCACAGAGUGAUUCCUUCAUUUAUGUGCCAGGGUGGUGACUUUACAAAUCAUAAUGGAACCGGUGGCAAAUCCAUUUAUGGCAGUAGAUUUCCAGAUGAAAAUUUCAUACUUAAGCACAUAGGACCUGGUGUUCUUUCAAUGGCCAAUGCAGGACCCAACACAAACGGAUCUCAGUUCUUCAUCUGCACUGCAAAAACUGACUGGCUAGAUGGAAAACAUGUUGUUUUUGGAUAUGUAAAAGAAGGAAUGGAUGUCGUGAAAAAAAUUGAGGGCUUUGGUUCCAAGAGUGGAAAAACCUCCAAAAAGAUUGUCAUUACUGACUGUGGCCAGCUGUCCUAGCCUUUUGCCUCACCAUUCAUGACAACUUCAACGCUGUGAAAAAUGAAUCAUAAAAACAUUUCUGAUCCCAUGAAUAGCACCUGUGGAACCACAUUUUCCAUGUAACUUGGUCCAACUUUUAUAUUUAUAUUGAAUAAUACUGAUUAAAAACAAUAACUGAAGCAUGUUUUAACUGAGCUGACAUCGUAGUCACUCUGCCACACUGAUUUGAUAGAGUCCCAUUGUGUUCUGAAAGAAGUAAUGUGGUCACCCAGGGCGUAUCUGCCUGCACUGUUGGUACUGUUCUGAAUAUUUGAAUGUUUCAGGUGGUAGAAUUGGUGGUGGAGUUGGCGACUAAGUGUUCUGUAGUCAGGGCUUAGAUACAAAUAGAGAAAUGCCACAUUGGUGCUAAUAAAAACCUAUUGUUCAUCUCAUCAUUUUUGAAAAAUACUAACUAGUGCUCUCAGGGCUGUCAGGCGUUUUCUUUCUGUGUCUCAAUUGAAGUCUAUCCAAUACAGUUAGUGUGUGGUUCUGAGUUUUUUAAAAUUAAUUCUGUUUUAAUUUUUUUUUUUUUUUUUUUUUUUUUGUAGUCUCAGGCCACUGUUUAAACCUGAACUCUACCUUUCCUGCUUCAGUGGAGCAGUGUGACUUUUGGGUUAAGUAAAUUGCAUUAGGUUGAGUUAACCACCUACUAGAGCUCUGCCUGAGCAAUAAAACCACGAAUUAGCCAAAAGAUCUUGGGACUUUUUUAUUAUGCAGCUGUGAACUUGCUUGAAGUGUGGUUCUGCUCUGAAAUCUGGGUCUGUAAGGAAUACAGCACAGUUCUCAGUAGAUAAUCUAUUUUUGCAUUUUGAGAAUAUAAUCAGAGUAUAGUGAGCUUGCUUGAGUGAGAAAGGUUUCAUUGCUUUUUUUUUUUUUUUGUCCUGUUGGUCCUGCAAAGUCAGCCCACCUUGGGUAUCACUUGGAUUAUGAUUCCUUCUCACGCAUCAUAAUCAUCAUAGGUCAGAAUUGGUCAUCAAAGAAUUGCAAAGCUUCACCGGUGCAGCAAAACCAUUAUGGAGGUUGGUGCAUGAGAAGGAAAGAAUUCAGCUGAUCAGAUAAACACAUUUCAUUUGUAUAAACCGCUGUGUUUUAUGUGGCGUGCUUGAGCAGUAGCAAAUGUUGGAAACUUGCAUCACUUUUAGAAUCACUAAGGCUGUAAAGUAUUCAUGCUUGGGGGGAAAAAAGACUGGUUUUGCUUAGUAAUCUUUAUGCUGAAGAG